ACAACUACAACAACACACAUCUGCUCCACACUAGUAUAUAGGUAAGUAGCUAGCUAUAGGGCCAAUUACCUUUGGUUGCAAGCCAAAAGUAAGUAUCCAUCCUCAUCCUUUUCCUCCUCUCCUCCCACCAAGAACCUUCAUAGUACCACACCACCAUCACCACCACCACCACUCAUCACACCUCACACCCCCCAUUGCCUUCCUUCUUCCUCCCCAGCUAGCUCUCAUCCUUCCAUCUUCAGCCUUCUCUGGAUCUUGAGCUUGAUCAAUUCCCCCAACACAAUUAAGCACUACAAUUUGGGUUGAUCUAGCUAAGGAGCAGUAGCCACAAGAAGCUAGAGAUAGAUAGCUGAAUUUGUUAUGAGCUCAGAGCCAUCACAAUUCUGAAUUUUUCCAAUCCCAAAAGACCCAAUUAAACAAGAGAUAGUUGCCUCCUAAUCUAUAUAAUAAGCCCCAAAAUUAACUAGUAGCCAUAUACUAUCAAUAGUAACAAGGCAGCACAAGCAUCAUACCAUAAGCAUCAUACAGCGGGUCAAAGGUCAAGGGAAGGAAGGACAAGCCGGCGACGGCGACGACGACGACGACGAGGGGCGGCAUCAUCUAGCGAGCGAGCUGCUACCUCGAUCGGGGUCGGUCGGUCGGUUGAUCGGCAUGGAGUUCAUCACGCCGAUCGUGAGGCCGUCAGCGGCUGCGGCGGCGGGGGUGGGGGGCGGCGAGCACGAGAGUAGCAGGGGCUUGCCGGCGGAGGCGGUGGAGAAGGAGCACAUGUUCGACAAGGUGGUGACACCGAGCGACGUCGGGAAGCUGAACCGGCUGGUGAUCCCGAAGCAGCACGCGGAGAAGUACUUCCCGCUGGACUCGGCGUCCAACGAGAAGGGGCUCCUGCUCAGCUUCGAGGACCGCACGGGGAAGCCAUGGCGGUUCCGCUACUCCUACUGGAACAGCAGCCAGAGCUACGUCAUGACCAAGGGGUGGAGCCGCUUCGUCAAGGAGAAGCGCCUCGACGCCGGAGACACCGUCUCCUUCGGCCGCGGCGUCGGCGAGGCCGCCCGCGGGAGGCUCUUCAUCGACUGGCGCCGCCGCCCCGACGUCGUCGCCGCGCUCGCGCCGCCCACGCACCGCUUCCAGUUCCCCUCCUCCAUACCCUUCGCUCCCUGGACGCACCACCACGGACACGGAUCAGCCGGCGCCGGCUCCAGGUUUCUCCUCCCUCCCUCCACAUCCAUCUACGACCACCACCACCGCCGACACUCCCACGCCGCCGUCGGUUACGACGGGUACGCGGCGGCCACGAACAGCAGGCAGGUGCUGUUCUACCGGCCGUUGCAGCCACACCAGCAGCAUCAGCAUCAGCAUCAUCCCGCGGUGGUGCUGGAAUCGGUACCGGUGCGCAUAGCGGCGGGGCACGCGGAGCCGUCGGCGACCCCGUCGAAGCGAGUACGCCUGUUCGGGGUGAACCUCGACUGCGCGAAUUCCGAAGAGGACGCCGGCGUCGGGAAGACCCCGUUGCAGCUGCCGUCGCCGCCGUCAUCGUCGUCAUCUUCCUCCGGGAAAGCGAGGUGCUCCUUGAAUCUUGACUUGUGAAGGGUGGUGGCCAUACACGAUCUGCUACUUUACGCUUCAAUUCUGCUACUACUGACACAAAUGGAAUCGCCGUGGAAGAAAGGCCGGAGAAGUAAACAAAAGCGGCGGCCGCCGGCGGCGGAGGUACUACGAGAAGAUAGCGUGUCUUCGUAUUUCGUAUAUAGCUCAUCAUCUCUCCUAAAUUUAAAUUAGCCAGUGCAGUGUGAGGGGAAACAGUUAAGAAAAAGAACAAAGCAGCAACAAAAAAAAAGGAAUUCUUUUUAGGCUGAUGGUUUUCUUGCGGAUUUGAUUUGCUUUUCUCUCUUGUGCUUAAUUACAAUUAAGUUGUCUUAGCUGCUCUCUUCUUUGUGUCUGGGAGAAAACAUAUACGACUGGUACUAGUGAUUAGGGAAGAAGAAAUAUAAUUGUUUCCUAGCUACAAUUCAAAACUCCAGGCCAAUUGUAUAUACCAUGACUGAGCCUAGGGAGCACGGCCGGUGUGUGUGUGAUCCUCACAUAUGAUAACAAUCAAUUUGCACUGAUGCUACAAGCUUUAUAUAUGUACACUUGUUACACGACUGAUAUAAUGGUGAGCUAGCUAGCUCAUGCCUCAUGGAGAUCAAUACAUUGGAGAGCCCGUACUCUAUGCAUGGGUGUGAUGCAUGUAUACUGCCCUGGGCACAUGGAUUGUUCUUGGUGUUGCUGUUGUUUCUGCAGGUCAAUUGGGCUCUCCUUCCAAGGCAUCAGCAGCAGCACCAGCAGCAGCUUAGCUAAGCUGUGUAUUGUAGGCAGGGAGGUGAUGAAGAGAAGAGGAAGAGGAGAAGAUGCCUUUAAAAUGUGGGAGCUAGCCAGCCUGCAGGCCAGCUAUCAAGCUAGGACAGGCAGUUAUUAUUGGAGCACUGCAGGGGACGGUGAGAAAUUGAGUGAGAUAUAUGGUGGCAGGCUUCUGGCGUUGCAUAUAGAGCAUUUUCUCCAUAGUACAAUGAGGUCAAUAACUAUAAUGGCAGUGACGUAAUGGCAAAGGAUCUCAAUCCAUCCUAUAUUUACUUAGGGUUUGUUCGACGGGAGGACAAACGAGAAAAACCUCUCUCGUUUUACAUAAGUAUGUUUUUUAAACUAUU